AUGAAGCGCAAGAGCGAGAGGAGGCGAGCCGAGUCGAGGAAAAAGCGCUGUGCAGCUCACAACAGCUCGGAGGCGGCGCCAAACUCUGAUAUUUACAUUGAGAUAACAGAUCAACUAUAUUUCGCCAUAUUAAAGCAGAAGAUCAAGAGCACAGCCGAACGACACUGUUUCUGCAUAGAUGAAGAACUGGCAUAUGAAAACUUCUAUGCGGACUUUGGUCCCCUCAACCUGGCCAUGUUUUAUCGCUUCUGUUGCAAGCUGACAAAGAAGCUCAAGUCCAUUACACUCUCGAGGAAGAAGAUUAUAUUUUAUACCUGUGGAGAUCAGAAGAAACAAGUCAACGCUGCCUACCUAAUCGGCUCGUAUGCAGUUAUGAAUCUAAACAUGUCGCCAGAGGAGGCCUACAGUCUGCUGGUGUCCAGGAACUCAACAUAUAUUCCAUUCAGAGAUGCUUCGUUUGGAACCUGCAUGUACAACCUGAACAUCCUGGAUUGCCUUCGGGCCGUUCAUAAGGCACUGCAAUAUGGCUGGCUCAACUUCUCCAACUUUGAUGUGGAAGAAUAUGAGCACUAUGAGAGAGCUGAAAACGGAGACUUAAACUGGAUCAUUCCAGGAAAGUUCCUUGCAUUCAGUGGGCCUCAUCCAAAAAGCAAAAUAGAGAAUGGGUACCCUUUGCACGCUCCUGAGGCCUACAUCCCGUACUUCAGGAAUCAUAACGUCACCGCUGUUGUGAGACUUAACAAGAAGAUGUACGAUGCCAGGCGUUUCACGGAGUCUGGGUUUGAGCAUCACGAUCUGUUCUUUGUGGAUGGGAGUACACCGAAUGACUCCAUUGUCAGGAAGUUCCUCAACAUUUGUGAGAAUGCCGAAGGAGCCAUUGCUGUUCACUGCAAAGCGGGUCUGGGGAGAACUGGCACUCUGAUCGGCUGCUAUAUGAUGAAACAUUACCGGCUGACUGCUGCAGAGGCCAUCGCCUGGAUACGGAUCUGCCGACCAGGGUCCAUCAUUGGACCUCAGCAGAACUUUGUUGAAGAGAAGCAGAAUAGUCUGUGGGCAGAGGGAGAUAUAUUCCGGGAGAAGGUGCAGAAUGAACGAGAAAAUGGAAAGAUGGCUGUGACCAGGAUCCUGUCGGGAGUGGACGACAUAACCAUCAAUGGAAGCAACAAAAACAGGCCGUCCAAGAAAGAAGAAAUGGAACUGUAUAAUGAUGAAGAGGAGAGAAAUGGUCUGACACAGGGAGAUAAACUGCGUGCCUUGAAGAGCAAGCGGCAGUCCCGAUCGUCCACUGGCUCACUAUCGCAGGUGGUAGCGUUCUGCUGCAGCCUCAUGGGCACGGCGUGGCCGAUGUGUUGCCUGCCGUUCAAAAGAUAGCAGAGAGAGGCAGAGAAUGACAGGGGGAGAGGAAAAACAGAGAGAGGAUGUGAGGUUUUGUAUAUUGGAGGUAAGUGCAUGUCACUUCCUUUCUAGCUGACAUCCUCUUCCUGUAGAAAUGGUUUGCUGUGCCAGUGAAUGGUAUGGCUGACUUGACAUUUUAUUUUGUUUCUUUUUCCUUUUAUUUUUCUCUGGAUGACUAUGGUGUGAAGUGGAGAUGCAUUUAGUGGAUGCAAUACAUUUACACGCCUUUCCAUUAUCUGCCUCUCAUGGACACACUGAACUGUCUGGCGGUGAUAUUGAGGCUUGUCUGAGAUAUCCCCCGAGUUACAGUGAAGCUCUCGAGUUGAGCCUGCUGUACUUGUUAGCAACAGCACCGAUUAUUCAACUAAUCACGGUUUUUGUGCAAGAUCUGGAUUAGUUGAAUUAAAGGUUUUAGUGCUUGGCUUGUUCUACUGACUUGGCACUUCUGAAAAAUAAAUGAUACUAAGGCCAACUGGGUCCAGUUUAAUAAAGCUCACUUGCCUGUUCAACCACUUCAACUGUAGGUGAAAACUGAUACUUUGGUGUUCCAUUCAUCUUUGACUGAGGUGUUUAAUGACUUUAAUUAGCUGCUUCAGCGGUUUUGUUGGGAUGGUAAAUUCCUCCUGAUCCUCAUCCUAAUACAAAGGAUAUAGACGGACAUACGUGAGGAGGUAGUACGACAGUGGGUGAUUAUCUGUUCUCAAGAGGGAGUCGAGGCAGAAGGGAGAUUUGCUUGCACUUCAGGCCAUAUGCCUUAUCAGCGUUGCUACACAGACAUCUAACUUCCAGCUGAACCUCACCAUCUGGCUCCGCUGUUUGUUUUAUUGUGUAACACAGAAAAUGCAUGUUGAAUUCCGGCGACAAUUGGAGCGUAGAGUGUAUAUGAGAAACUUUUCAUCUUCUCUGCCUUUUUUCAUGCAUGGCGACAGGCAUGAAACCCUUGGACACGCACGCAUGGACAUGCCUCUAUGUUUGUGUCUAACAUGUAAUUAAUGUUGGGCCGGAUUCAUUGUCGAUUGCCUGUUGUUUUUCCAUUGCUUCAGUGACUGGAUCAGCGUACACGUACCGUCCAAGCUUUGUUUACUCCUUCACGUUUCCGUCUCUGCCCGCUUCUUAUUAAAUGGGCUGUUUUGGGGGAAUAAUAUUUGUUAAUGAAUACCCAAACAUUUGUAAGAUUUGUGCAUGUUUAUGUAGAUAGAGUAAUUUUUCAGAGCUUAACCAACAUAUUGGCAGACUGGUAUUAACCAUUAAGCUUAAUUAUCAGUAUAUUAUCAGCUUUUUAGGUUCAAUAUCGUAAUCUACUCCAAAAUUUCCCAUAUCGGUCGUAUUCUGAGUAUACAACAAAGUGCAAACACAUCAGAGCAAGUGAAGAACAAAAACUUGCUGACUGGCACUGUAGGAUGCAAGGCUCUGUGAAGGUAUUACAUCUAAUCCAGUCCCAAUGGAAAAGCAGAACAUCAGAGGCAUUGUGUCCUGCCUGGACGUCUCUUGUCUCUCCUUCCUUUUUUCCCCUCCUUUUUUUCUGUUUGCUCUUGUUGUUGGAUUUGUC